AAAUAUUUUUUUAACAACGUCGUUGAUCUCUUAUCGACUAUAGAUGACAACAAGCAUCAGCUUCUCUGUAUGAGAGAGGCUACAAGUACGAAAUUUGAACUUUUUGUAAUUGGACGGAAUGUGGAAUCCCACGCAUGUCCAAGUUACUGUUCAAAAAGCUCGCCUCCAAGGAAUUACUACAGACAAAGAUUCAUCAGCAUCGCUUUUUGUAACAAUAGCUUUAGAAGAUGGUAGUAGUGGCAGAAGUCAUCACAGUGAAAAGUAUCAAACUUCUUCAAAGAGACCAGAGGAACAUCACUCUGAUGGUGAUAUUACUAUUGUUGAAUGGCAUGAAUUAUGUGAACUUGAAAUACCAGAAUGGCGACGUGGUGGAGGAGGUGCACCUGAAUUAGAAUUGUGUGUAUUGACUAGGAAGAAACGAGGAAAAAAUACAACUUCAUUUAUUGGAGGUUUAGUACCGUCUUCUGAUCACAAAAUUGGUCGCACAACAAUUCCUCUAGAUGAUGCUGAUGUAUACGAAAGACCUAAAAGCAAGUGGUUCCAGCUGCAUAGUAAGCAUGGGCGUGAUAUUGUUGGAGAGCUUCAAGCUAAAAUUGCAUACACUGUCAAAUCUUCAUCAGGAUCAGGAACCCUUAGUAAAAAAGAAAAACAUAAAUUGUCUAUUGGGCAUCUUUCAUCGUCAUCAAGUAUUAGUGGAAGUUUGCUUAGCCUAGGAAGCAGUGGAAGUGGUAAGGGACGCUCAUUCAAGAAGUUGGCCAAAUCAUUGACUGGAAAAAUUAAACGUCAAAAAAACAACAGUACUAUUGAUGGUUUAACAGAAGAAGAUAAUAUUGAAACCCCUCAUCGUUCUGAGUUUGAAUCAAGUGAUGUAGAUGAUGUUGGUGCUGAUGAUUUUACAAUACAUGAUUUUCUCAAUUUAUCAAAGCUUGAUGGGGAAGAUUUUUCACCAAUUUCGUAUCCAAAAGUAGUAGAAUCAAGUGUGAAAGAUUUAUCAUGGUCACUUGAUGCAGUAGAAGGUGAUCAAAUCAAAAAGUUAGCGCUAUCACCAUCAGCAGAAAGGAACAAUAGCAAUAUAAGCACAAUUAGUCAAAAAACACCUGAACGUGAUGAAUGGCAACGGAAAUUGUAUGGUGGAACUGUUGGUGGUAGAGACUCUUUAAAAUUACCAUUGUCAACAUCAGAUGUUACAAACACAACUCUUACGACAUCUGAUAGAAAAAAUAGUCCAUCUCAUUCAACAGCAUCUACACCUCCUCGAUCACCAUCUUUUACUGAAAAACAUUCUCCCAAAACUGGUGUAAAUAAAUGGAGUGGUGUUGCCAAAAGAGUAGUAGUUGGAAUGGAACAGCAUAAAAGUCCAUCCUUAGAUCGAUCAAUGGAUGGUGGUGGAGAAUUUGAUGGCAAGACAAAAGAUGAAUUAAUUAUGAUGAUUAUGGAAUUAAGACGACGGUUAGCAGAUGAAUCAAAAAGACGAGAAGAUCUAGAAGAUUAUGUUGAUUCAUUAUUGGCUCGAGUUAUGGAUAGAGCCCCUGCAGUUUUACAAAAACCAUAUGAAGCAACAGCAUGUCGAUAAAUAUAUAAAAUAAACCUAUUGGCAAAUACCAGGGAGUUAUAUUCAAUUUUACAAAUUUUAUUAGUUAAUUUUUAUAAACAGGGACUAGCAUUAAUUAUGAAGUUACAUAUCUAACGAAUUUAUAGUAUUUAACGAGUGAGUUGACUUUUUGAGCAAAUUUUUAUAAGUGGUUUUUUUUUAUAAAAUUAUAUAUUUUAAUGAUUUUUUGUUAAUAUUUAAAUUUUUUAUACAAGCCAUAUAUUUAUGUUUACAUUUGUCACAUUUAAUGUUUAAUCUACCUAAUAAAUUUUACAUUAAAUUUUUGUA